CCAGAAUCAUCCGGAACCGUCUGUUUUCCCCCAACGGACUGUUGUAAGUGUUACACACAAACCGGAAAGACUGACAGCAUGGUUCUUACAUGCGCUGAAGGUGGUAAAUUAUACGUAACUUAAUACUCAGUCCUUGUAAUCAAUUUUUUUUCUAUUGCUGUAGUUGGGAAUCUGUUAUCGGUCAUCGUCAACAUCGUAUAUUCACCGGAAAAAAAAAUUUGAUGAUGAACGUUUGUGGUAUUAAUGCAUUUUACAUUUUGGUUUAGCUAAAUUAAAUUGGGUGUUGAUUUUCAUUUUGAUCCACUGUUAGAAAUGUCUAAAGUAAAGCUAAAGCAACCCAGUUCGGCUGUUAGCGCAGAAACAAACAAGCAAACUAAGUGCGAUAAGGGAAAAGCCAAAGCUGGCAAGAGAAGGACACACUUCUACAAACACAUGGAGCCUAAACCGAAAGAAGCGAAGAAAAACGUUUUUCUUCCGCCCAGAGAUGCUGCAGAGUUUUCGGCGAACUGGAAAAGCCUUCUUAUGGUGAUCAACUCCGAAGAUAAUUCAAAUGCAAAGAAGCUUCAGUCAUUACCAAUUAAAGAAUGCCACAAAGCGGCACAGAGUGCCAAUGGAGGUACAAACAAACCAGCACAUAAAGACUUAAAUAAAUCAUUAAAUGGGUUGAAACUGCAGGGAUCCAAAGUGGCUGGAAUGGAACAAAGUUCAAGUCAUCCUGAACAGCACAAAACUGAGAAGAGGAAAAUGAAUGAUGCUGAGGGAAGAAGAGGGAAAAAGACAGACAAAAGGAAGAAAGUUGAAGAGGCGGAAAAGAAACCAACAGAGGCAGAUAUCUGGUUUGACGACGUCGACCCUGAUGACAUUGAGGCCGCUGUGGGCUUGGAGGCUGCUAACAUUAUGAGGAAGAGGAGUGGUGUAACUAAAACAGAUGCCAAAAUUACACAGAGGAGCACGGAACGGUUGCUGGUCAAGGAGAGCACUUGCGAUGGAUUGACACGCGCCAUUGCUAUGGAUUGUGAGAUGGUAGGGGUGGGGCCUGGAGGAGAGGAGAGCAUGUUGGCACGCGUCUCCAUCGUCAACUACUUUGGCAAGUGUGUUUAUGACAAAUAUGUUAAACCAACAGAGAAAGUCACUGACUACAGGACAGCCGUGAGUGGCAUUCGGCCUGCUGACAUCGAACACGGGGAGGACUUCAAAAUAGUACAACAGGAAGUGGCUAAGAUGAUGGAGGGACGAAUAUUAGUGGGACAUGCCAUCCAUAAUGACCUGAAGAUUUUGUUACUGGAUCACCCAAAAAGAAAUACGAGAGACACUCAGAAGUACAAACCGUUUAAGAAGAUAGCAAAGAGUGGACGUCCGGCGCUGAGGGUUUUGUGUCGGGAGAUUCUGAAUGUGAAAGUACAGCAGGGAGAGCACUCGUCGGUCCAGGAUGCUCAGGCUACAAUGCGUUUGUACACACUGGUGAAGAAGAAGUGGGAGGCAGAGCUUAAAGCCACCAGGGGUCAGACCACCAGUCGGAAAAGCCCUCGCAAACCCAGAGCCAAAGUUGACUUGAGAACAGCUCAAAUGCACAACACAUACGGACAAUGACAAUGAAAUGGAGCUGAAACUGAAACACACACCCACACCCCACACAGUAAAUCAGAGAAGAGUUCCAAGUGAAAAGUGUUUCCAUCACAUUGCAUUUAGCAAAAUUAGCAGUAAACCACUACUUUAGCAGUUUUGUCAGUCUUACAAUUAGUAAUGUCUUUCAUGGCAUCUCUAAUUUUUGGAUCAGUUUAAGGAUCAUUAAGGGAUUACACACACAUCAGUUUUUACUUCAUAGGUGACUGCAAGUGAAUAAUGUGGCAAUCACACUAGUUGUAUUCCUCCAGUGCAGCCCUUUGGAAAUGAUCCACAUAUGUGUAUGCACACAACAUAUAUUUGUAUUUCAGACCCAGUGGGAUCUUUGUCUAACAGUUUGUUUUAUUAUUCAGAGUCAUUUUGAAUGCAUUCUAUUAAAAGACAUCUAAAAGAAA